GGGGAAACAAGACUUUUGGACCUCACCAAAGAUGAGCUCAACAAAUUUAAAUCGGAGAGACACAUGGAUGCGGCUAAUGAAUGUGCGAAACGUGUGAAAGAGCGUAUUGAUGGGAAAAAAUGCAUGGGUACUUCAAUCCACGCAUUCAUGCCACAAGAAGAUCAUCGGUCUUUCUACUUUGACGAGGCAUUUGUGACAAAAUGCCUUAAUGCUAGUUCUCCUGUAUCGCUGGCAACCUGUGCCGGUAGUGCAUACUUUACGUAUGUACAAGAUUUCUAUAAGGAUCACUAUUAUUUGUAUGAUAACGGAUGUGAGGGCAUACGCAGUGGCUGUUCCGAGAAAGACAGUGCACAUAUUUGUCAUUUUCAUAAACAGACUGAGAACAGUAGUCUUUUAAAUGGUGGUUGGAAAGGUGUACCUCUCAAGCGGUUGCCACCACCUGUUCCAGAUUACGGUCAAGAAAGCUUUCAUUACUGCAUUCUAAAUCAAGUGUUAAAAGGUGACAUCACUGAAAAAUUUGGUCUUGAGAAAGAGAGAGUAAGAGAUGCAUGCCUGAGGAAUAAAGAUGACUUUUGCCCACGAAAGCAGCUUCAAAACUUACAGGACCGCUGUGGAGAGCCUAUCCUUGAUUUAUGCGAGAAAACGCAGGGGGAUGGCAGCAUUUCUGUCACUGUUGUUGACCGAAAUGACACUCUACGAAAGUAUCAAGAUGAGACGGAUAGUUUCGUUGAACAAUUCGUCGGCGAAAGCCUCAGAAAUGUGACUGAGUCCGAAUUAAAGAGACGUUAUGACAUGAAGGUGAAAGCGACGAUUUCCAGACAGUCGGCAGCAAAAGCCAGGACAAUCGAAAAAGCAAAAGCAUACAAUGAUAUCGACUGGGAAAGUUCUAUUUAUUCAAAAUCCUUGGGAAAAUUGUACGUGUCACAAUUGCAUUUGUACAUGAUUGAAAAAAUGGGACUGUCCAAGACUCAAUGUGAACGAAAGGGCUACACAAAGUCAGACAAAAUAGCAGAUAUCACGAAACAUUAUUAUAGCACAUCUGCUUCUUAUACCAAGCCCACUAAAUUUCCUGUUAAGCCCUCAGUUCGUACUGUCAAGCCCUCGGUUCCAACUAUCAAGCUAUCAGUUCAUUCCGUCAAGCCCUCAGUUCCUACUGUCAAGCCAUGA